GUGAAGGGCGGCGGUGAUGGCGGCGGGACGAGGAACACACAUCUUGGCGCCCCGACCACUCCCGUCCCUGGCGGCGUCAUGGCGCUCGCCAGUUUAAUGCAAUAUUUAACCAAUAUGAAUCACUUGUGCCUUUAAUGAAUGAAGCGGCGAGGCAUGGGUGUGGGAGGACUCAAUGCAGGAUGGUAGCUAGGGAGUGUGUAGUGGUGGUGGACGGGCAGGUGGUGUGGUUCGGCCCAGGCUGACCCCAGCAGUGGCUGUCACAAGGGCAGCCUCCAGGGCGGGGGUGCAGCAGGCCCAGGCUAAUGCAGGACGUGGAGUGGACUUUGCUUCUUCACCUCGUGAAAGUGUCAUGCAAGUGAAAGUACUGAGUGAGCAUCAAAUAGGAGGGUUGUUGAUGACAGUCUAGGCACUGCUUGUCAAAAGGACGAAUUCAGAUGAGGAGAUGAUAGCCUUGAGGUGGAAUAACCACCUCACCACCUUAUCACAGCUUCUGUUCUCAUUACGAGAGGAGGAAUCCCUCAUAGAUGCCACGUUGGCUUGUGACGGCAAGCUGUUCCCUGCCCACAAGUUUGUCCUGUCGAUGUGCAGUGAGUACUUCAAGGAGAUGUUCACCACCAACCCCUGCAAACACCCUAUUGUGUACAUGAAGGAUGUCAAGAGUGAGGACAUGGAAGCAUUGUUGGACUUCAUGUAUAGAGGUGUUGUCCACAUCCCCCAGGAGUCCCUUACUGGCCUGCUCAAGACUGCUGAAGGCCUGCAGAUCCGAGGCCUUGGAAUGUUUGCCCGUGAGGCUGCACUGUCAGAGAAUGGAGGAAUACCCACCUCAGAUCGGUCAGUGGUGUCGGGAGCCUUGGAGCCCAAUGUCAUGGUGAGUCCAGAGCGGAAACGACCCUACGACAUGGACCAUUCAGAAACUUCCCUGGUUAACUUCUCAGAUGGUGAACUUGAUGAUCAGCCUCUUCACACAAGCACUACCUCCACCACCACCACCACCCCAAAGAAGCCCAAGAUAUCGUCAAUAAUAUCAGAUGACUGCACCAAUGAUGUUCCGGCGCCAAUACCUGACUUGCCCAGGGUUUCAGAAGACAUGCUGGACUUGGGUGGUGGAGUAACCAUACCUGCCAGUGAUUAUUUUAAGUUUCGUCGCACCAAUGCCAAUCGCUACAUCAAUGACCUCCUUCGGUACUUUUUUCCUGUGGAAGUGCUGGCCUCCUCCUCCCUCACUGGGGGGGAAUGUUUUGCCAACAAAGACAAAGGACCCUCCAACAAGAACCAGCUCGACCCCUGCAUCAUCAGGGUCAUCACACAUGAUGCAAUACGGAACUUUCCCGCCAUAGAUGAAAAACAAGUAAGAAAUGCAAUACGACGCAAGCUCAACACAGAAUCCCGCAUAUACCGUAGUCAGGAAAAAUUUGGGGGUAUUUUGCCGAAGCGGAAUCCAGUACAGAGACGGCGCAGCAGAUUUGCAGAGUCUCCGCGGGCCCUGGUGUCUAUUGAGAAGUCAGCAGACCGCGAAAAGGACAAGGGGCCCCCGAUGGUGACACCAAAUGUCACCGUGGAGAAAGCACCCUCCAAAGACUCAAGAAGACCAACAUAUGCCUCAGGUCAGAGCCAGCAGCAGGAUAAGGAUGGUAAAAGAGAUGGGGACACAUCUUACUUCAGUAGACUGGACAAAGCUGUGAGGCCAGGUGAUCAGGGUCAGCCUUCUAAUUCAGCCACCCCUACUCCAGUGGCCACACCCAGCCUCCCCUCCUCCUCUUCCUCCCCUGCCACUGGCGCAGAUAAGACAUUUAAACUCUGUCACGAGAACCUAGUGAAAGCCGAGUUGCCUGCUGCCUCCCAGUACCUCCCGCAGGAGUACUCGUAUCCCACAGUGAUGCCGCCACACGUCAGUCAGGCGUACCUCCCCCACCACAUGGCAGCUGCUGAUCCCACUUACCUGCGCAGGCUAGAGAUGAGCCAGGCCACACCCCAUCCUGCAGCACUCUCCUACACGUAUCCACACGCGACCUUACCCACCUCUGAAUCCAUGGAGCCAAGUCUGCACAUGUAGUGAGGUUUGUCUUUGUCUUUUCCCUUCAAAUUCCAGUGCAAAUUUACAAAAUAUACAUAAAAAGGUUUUAUAUCAACAGGAGGGUAGCCGUCACCCCCUGUAGAGAUGUCACAGGUGAGGUUCUCUGUCACGGAGCUUAGAAAUCACUUGUACUUGUUAUUCAUGCCAAGUUUUGAUGCAUGAAAGAUCUGAUUUAUGCAAUUAUUUUUUUAUAAAUAUUUAUUUGUAUUAAAUUUUUUUUCACUAUGUGAUAUAAAAAUUUAUCUGUUGCUUCUUGAAGGUCUCGGACAUUUACUGAUCAGAUUUUAUUUCUCAUCAGAUGGUGAAAUUAAUAACUCAAGUGAUGCUUAGUGUCAGGAAAUGUAGAUAACUGGUCAUUAGGACUGUCAUUAAGAUUUUAUACUUAAUUUUAUACGGCCUUUGACAAAUCCAGUGUGAAUAUUGAAGUAUUUGUAUUACUAAUUCAUAUUAUGUAUUUUCUCUUAGAAUUCCAUUACUUUACUUUGUAAACCACUUUUUAGGGAUGCAAUAAAGAUCACCUUUGUUGAAUGAUUUGGUAGACAUCUGACAUGACCAUCUCUGUGACUAAUGCCAGUGUUCAGCCAUUAGGGAAUCCCAACUUCCCCAUUGUUCUUCAGUAGUGAUAACAAGACAGGAACCAAGAGCCUCCAGCUGUGUGGUGCUCCUCCACCCCGAGGGAAGGCGAGUAGUGAUCUUUUUUUUCCCUCAUUAGCUUGUGAUUGCCAUAUUUCUCCUCCUCACUUGGUUAAAUUUGUAACUACAUUAUGUUGGACUCAAGACUUGAAUAAUAACUUGGUGAUUAA